AAUCCCUCCAUCCAUUUCGCACCCAACAAAAGCUUUCUGAACUUGUAAUAACUCUUGGAUCGGGUUGAAAGAGAAAAGAAAGAGGGAGAAUGGUUUCUUUGAGGUUCUUGGUGGUCUUCAUGUUCAUAAUUUGGUGCACUGUGAUAUGUAAAGCCGAGGUAGCAGGCCAUGAAACCGAUGAUAAUAUGGAGGAAAUGGCUGAGUCCUGGGCUCAAUGGGCCAAAGACAAAUUCUCAGAGGGAUUUGGUAUGAAACCUGAGACAAAGUUGAAGGCCCAAAAUAUUGCAGACGAAGCCGGAGGCGGAGCUGCGGAAUUUGCAAAGCAAGCGAAGGAAAUAAUGGCUGGUGCUGCACAGAUGAGCAAGGAUAAGAUGUCCGAUAUUGCAUCUGGAGCUGGAGAGUAUGCUUCAGACAAGGCAGCGCAAGCAACUGGAGCUGCAAAGGAGAAGGCAGGGGAUAUGAGCGACAAGAUUAAGGAUGGGAAAGAUGAAGCCAUGAAUUCGGCAAGCCAUCGUGUCGAGGAAGCGAAGCAUAAAGCUGAUGAGGCCUAUGGAAGCGCUAAGGACACCAUGACUCAUCAAGCUAAGGUGCAGUAUGAAGCUGCCAAGGAGAAGGUUUCUCAGGCAACUGAUGAAGUUGCGGGCAAGAUGAAGCAGGCCCAAGGCGGCGGCGAGCUUUGAGCAAACCCCUCUCUCUGUCUUUGUGAGAGUUUGCGGUGCAAGUGUAUUUGUACUUGAUUUUGGCUUCUUUAGCGCAUAGAGAAAGUAGGAAUUAGGGAGGAUAUGGAGAUCUUUUCCAGUUUUUUGGUCUUAAGAUUAUCAACUCUUGUGAACUCACAAAAAUAUUUGUUGAUUUGAUUGCUAGACAUGGUGAAAUUUGUGGUCAUAUUAUUUUUCCUGUUGAUUUA